AUCUAGGGCACUGUUAUCUGGCCUCUUUUCUUCGAGCAGAAGCAGAGAUCUGUGGAUGGAGAGAGCUGGAGAGAGAGAGAGGAGACGUUUCGUGCUUUAUUGAGGCUGUUGGAGAAGACUAAUUGUUAAUACUGCUUUCUAGGAGCUAGACAAUCUCACAGGGACCUUUACUAUAAUACACAACAACACACACACUUCAUACACUCUCUCAGCACCAUGUUGGAAGAGAAGAAGACCAAGGUGAAGAUCACGUUCUUCAUCAUCCUGGUGGGCAUCUCCUGCAUGCUGGCUGCCAUGGUGACGGACCACUGGACUGUACUGAGCCCGCCAUUCGACAAGUUCAACGCCACCUGUGAGACGGUCCACUUUGGCCUCUGGAAGCUCUGCAUGAAGACCGUCUUCAUGGUGGAGGAGGACCCAGAGGGCCAGGGCUGUGGCCCCAUCAGUCUGCCCGGAGCCAAGAACUGCUCCUACUUCAAACACUUCACUAAGGAAGAAGAGGCCAAAGGGUUCGAAGCCAAAACUCAGAAAGAGUACAACCUCUCAGCAGCGGCCAUCGCUGUGUUCAGCCUGGCCUUCAUGAUCCUGGGGUCGCUGUGUGUCGUGUGCUCCUUCGGGAAGGGGAGGGACUACCUGCUGAGGCCUGCUGGGAUGUUCUUUGCCUUCGCAGGUCUCUGCAUCAUCAUCUCUGUUGAGGUGAUGCGGAACUCCACCAAGCGGAUGAUUGACAGCGAGGAGACCGUCUGGGAACAGUACUACUACUCCUGGUCCUUUGAAUGUGCCUGCACCUCCUUCGUCCUCCUGGUCUUCAGUGGUCUCAGCCUGUUGAUCAUCUCCAUGCCUCAGAUGCCACGCAACCCCUGGGAGACCUGUAUGGACGCAGAGCCAGACUCCAUGGAGCCCUUAGACUAGUAGUAGUAGAACAGAUUAGACCUGACCAGAUCAACCCCUGGGAGACCUGUAUGGAUGCAGAGCCAGACUCCAUGGAGCCCUUAGACUAGUAGUAGUAGAACAGAUUAGACCUGACCAGAUCAACCCCUGGGAGACCUGUAUGGACACAGAGCCAGACUCCAUGGAGCCCUUAGACUAGUAGUAGUAGAACAGAUUAGACCUGACCAGAUCAACCCCUGGGAGACCUGUAUGGACACAGAGCCAGACUCCAUGGAGCCCUUAGACUAGUAGUAGUAGAACAGAUUAGACCUGACCAGAUCAACCCCUGGGAGACCUGUAUGGACACAGAGCCAGACUCCAUGGAGCCCUUAGACUAGUAGUAGUAGAACAGAUUAGACCUGACCAGAUCAACCCCUGGGAGACCUGUAUGGACACAGAGCCAGACUCCAUGGAGCCCUUAGACUAGUAGUAGUAGAACAGAUUAGACCUGACCAGAUCAACCCCUGGGAGACCUGUAUGGACGCAGAGCCAGACUCCAUGGAGCCCUUAGACUAGUAGUAGUAGAACAGAUUAGACCUGACCAGAUCAACCCCUGGGAGACCUGUAUGGACACAGAGCCAGACUCCAUGGAGCCCUUAGACUAGUAGUAGUAGAACAGAUUAGACCUGACCAGAUCAACCCCUGGGAGACCUGUAUGGACGCAGAGCCAGACUCCAUGGAGCCCUUAGACUAGUAGUAGACUCCACUAGAACAGACCAGAUCAGAAAAGAUUGAAACAGAACUGACCAGACUAGUCUAGUCCAGGGGAAUCUUCAACAAAGGCUGCCAAAACCAUACAUGUUUUUAUAGAAUCCAACUGAAGAUAAACUAAAUUGAGGCUGGUGGUGGGGGCAACAGAGUUAAGGAUACAGAGGAAUGAGAGUGGGGCACCCUGCCUAAGUAAUGGUAGAAGGGGAAACACUGCACUACACUGCUUGGUUUUAAGUGUACAGAUAAAGAUGUAAGGCAGGAUCUCUGAGCAGUCCUCGAGGGCCACAGAUUUUCCUUUCUUUGGUCCUUAACUGAUACAUUUCUGUCAUUGAUUGCAGAGAGUGUCCGCUCUCCUGGUCCAUAUCAUCCGUUACUAAGCAACAGACUCUGUGGCACUUGAGGACUGCCCUGAUAUAGGGUGCGUUAGUAAAUUCACCAUGGCAACUUACUUCGAUUUCAGACCACUGGUUGGAGAGUGCCAGAGCGCAGAAUAAUUUAGGAAUUUACGAACUGCCUAAACUCAGUUGUUAUGACAGAUGUAAGUAAAUAUCGGCUAAAAAACAGAACUUAAUUGUUGCCAGUAACACAGUUACAGUCACUAACCCUCUUGAUAACAUGAAAACACUCUAGCACUUCUACCAGCUCUGCUAGGGUGAGUAACAUGUUCAGAGUGAGGUGUUCUCUCAUUUGUGUCUGGAAGUAGCUAGCAAGCAAGCUAAGCAAGUUUAGCCAGUUGGCUUGGGUGCUUGACUGCCGAUGUGAAGUCAGAAUGCUCAGAUCAACCCUACACCUCGGCCAGAGUGUCCAGUGUGUGCUCUGAACGCUCCGAGAGCGAAACACUCUGAAUUUAUGAACGGACAAUCUGACAACGUUCUGAAUUUACGAACACUCAAAGCACACUCCGAGUGCACUCUGACACUCUAAAGUGAAUUUACGAACGCACCUAUAAUGUACAUUAUUAAAAUGUAACUUUUGCUAUAAAGUGACCACAGAGACAGAAAGAGCUAAAGAACAUGGCAACAUAGUGAGCUGCUACUCUGUGUAAUUUCAUAUAGUUUGAUCUGUCUUGUACACUUCUAAUAUACAUUUCCGCUCUAGCGUUCUACAUUUUUGUAAUGAAAUAAGUUAAUGCUUUAAUGAACGUUGCAUUGUAAAUAUUCAACCGUCCAGGCAGCUACAAACAAUGUUUAUUUAUUGAACAUGUAUCAAUGGAUUAAACCAUAUUGACACUCCAGUGCAAUGCCUGUACAAGGAUCUACUGUAUUAGUUAGGGAGCUAUACUGCUGCUUGUUGUUUACAGAGGAAACGUAGAAUGUACAGCCUAUAUACAGUACUUGUAUGUUUUAAACAUAGGCCUAUAAAGAUGAUAGAUAUUAUGUUGUUUUUUGUUCAAUAGUAGCUUCAUCAAACAAUCCAUUGCAAUCUAGCUUGAACACAAAACAUUAAAGCCCACCACAGUUUUUAUUGGACAGAUACAUUGUCUCCACUGAAUGGCAAUAUCUCCCAUUGUGUACCUAUCCUCAUAUUGUAUUCUCUCUCUCUCUCUAUUUCUCUCUCUCUCUCUCUCUCUCUACUGUUUAAUUAUCUCUCUCUCCCCCCUUUCUUCCCAUCUGUUUCACUUAAAGUUCCAAAUCAAAAGAUGAAGUGUGAGAAUGUUUCAAAGCGGUUGUGAUAAAUUCCUUUCUUUCUAUUGACACAGGACAGUUGUUGCAUAAUGAAUUAUCGUCAAAGUAUUAUAGCCAGCUGGACAAGCUAAAUUGUGGUGAUUUUCAGUCAACAAGUGACAGGCAUGUUCUGUUUUUGGGGAACACUUUAUAUAGGCACUGAUUUCAAUAGCUACAAAGCAGUAAUGUUCUGUGCUGACAGAUUCAAGUACAUCUAAACACAAACAUCCCUUGUUCUCACCCAUAUAAGCACCUAACCCACUGUUUUGUAGCAGGUUCUCUGACAGGUACAGUAUAAUAUAUAUUUUCUACAAGGCCUAACCAUUGCUGUUUCGCCGUAAGCAUAUAGUCAUAGAGUUAUUAAAGAGGCAAUCUGGAGUUGAAACAACAACAAAGGAUCACCCUGCCACUGAUUUGGUAAACAGCUGAGAGAUGGGACUCGAGAUACAAUAUGUAACUACUCUCAAUGUAUAGACAGAGCUAUGGAUGCAAGGACUCGCCAUCCUUUAGAUCAAUGAUAGUUUUAACCAUGUUUUGAGGAUA